AUGCCAAGCCCUAUGAAACCACCAGCAACACCGCGAAAUCAAAAUGAUGAAAGUCCAAGUAGAGAUACGUCAAGAGGUCAACCUCGAACUCCAACUGCUUCGGCUUCUAAUCAUAAUACACCAAGUAAAACUCCAAGUAAAACUCCUAGGAAAACUCCAAGUAAAACACCUAGUAAAACUCCCAGCAAACAAGCAGGUUUAUCAAUGGUCUCCACCCCUCAAAGAUGGGGAACCCAAAGAACACAAGAAACGAUUGCAGCAUCGUCAGAAGGACCUUCUUCACACCCUGCUACAUCUCCACACCGAAUUUUACAAACAAGUCCCAUUGCUGGAGGCAUAAGUGAAAUAGAUCUGUCUUCUCCUCUCAAUUAUGGAACACCUAGUUCUCUUAGUUCUGUUCGAACUCCCCGAAGUGGAAUAAGGGGUACUCCAAUCAGACAGAGACCAGAUAUUCGAACUGAGAAAAGAUUACGUCAAGUAAAUUUGUCUGAACCAAUUUUAGAAGAAGAAAAUGUUCAAAGAACUUCAGAGAGCGAACCAGCUGGACCUCAGCUAGUUAUUUGGGGAACAAAUGUCGUCGUUAAUCGUUGCAAACAGCAAUUCAAGCAUUUUAUCCAACGUUUUAUUGAUCCUGAAGCUGAAAAUGAUGAAUUACCUGAUUCGCUAAACUUAAUGGAACCUUUAUACUUGCAAAAACUGGUAGAAAUUCACACAUUGGAAGAGCCUUAUUUAAAUAUCAAUUGUGCUCACCUAGAAAGUUUUGAUCAACAAUUAUAUCAGCAAUUAGUUUGCUAUCCUCAGGAAGUUAUUCCUACUAUGGAUAUGGCUGCUAAUGAGAUGUUUUUUGAAAAGUAUCCUGCAGCUGUAUUAGAACAUCAGAUUCAAGUGAGACCGUAUAACGUUGAAAAAACAAAAAAUAUGAGACUUUUAAACCCAGAAGAUAUUGAUCAAUUGAUAACUGUAACUGGGAUGGUUAUCAGAACAUCAAAUGUCUUACCAGAGAUGAGAGAGGCAUUUUUCCGAUGUAUCAUUUGUUCUUUUUCGACUACAGUAGAAGUAGACAAAGGCCGAAUUUCCGAGCCAACGGUCUGCAGUCAUUGUAAUAAUAAUUACUGUUUUACAUUGAUUCAUAAUCGCAGUCAUUUUUCUGACAAGCAAAUGAUCAAACUCCAAGAGUCGCCUGAUGAUAUGGCUGCUGGUCAAACACCUCAUACCGUCGUAUGUUUUGCUCACAAUGAUUUAGUUGAUUCUGUAUCUGCUGGUGAUCGAGUAGCAGUUACCGGAAUUUACAGAGCUAUUCCGAUUCAAGUUAAUCCGAGAAUUUCUAAUGUAAAAUCUGUAUAUAAAACAUACAUUGAUGUCGUUCAUUUUAGAAAGCAGGACUCCAAAAGGCUGUACGACCAAGAAGAUGGAAAAAGUCAUGUUUUUCCACCAGAUAGACUUCAAAUACUUAAAAAACUUUCACAAUUAGAUGAUGUUUAUGAACGAUUAGCUCGGUGUAUUGCACCUAGUAUUUACGAAAAUGAAGACAUCAAGAAAGGUAUACUUCUUCAGCUUUUUGGUGGUACAAAAAAGACUCAUACUACAUCUGGAAGAAGUCAUUUUCGAUCUGAAAUUAAUAUUUUGUUGUGUGGAGAUCCUGGUACCAGCAAGUCUCAACUCUUACAGUUUGUUUUUAAUUUAGUGCCACGUUCACAGUACAGUAGUGGAAAAGGCUCAAGUGCUGUUGGUUUAACAGCUUAUGUCACAAAGGAUCCAGAAACACGUCAACUGGUUCUUCAAACUGGAGCGCUGGUUCUUGCAGAUAAUGGUAUUUGUUGCAUUGAUGAGUUUGAUAAAAUGAAUGAUAGUACUCGUUCGGUAUUACACGAAGUCAUGGAACAGCAGACUUUGAGCAUUGCUAAAGCUGGAAUCAUUUGUCAACUGAAUGCUAGGACAAGUAUUUUAGCAGCUGCUAAUCCAUGCGAGUCACAAUGGAAUAAAAAUAAAACGGUAGUUGAGAAUGUGAUGUUGCCCCACACUCUUAUGUCGCGUUUCGAUUUGAUCUUUUUGAUGUUGGAUCCUCAAAGUGAACACUUUGAUCGUAAAUUAGCGAAACAUUUAGUUAGCCUUUACCAGGAAGAUGAACCAGAGCAUGAAGAUGAGCUAUUUGAUUUAAGUGUUUUGAGAGAUUAUAUAGCUUUUGCAAAAGAACAUGUGAAACCAACGUUGAGUGAAGAGGCACAACAAAAACUAGUUCAAGCCUAUGUUGAUAUGCGAAGAGUAGGGAGUGGUGCAGGUCAAAUCACAGCAUAUCCAAGACAAUUAGAAUCACUUAUUCGGUUAUCUGAAGCUCAUGCUAAAGUACGGUUUAGUCAUGUCGUUGAAAUUAAAGAUGUUGAAGAAGCAUGGAGACUGCAUCGUGAAGCCCUUAAACAAUCAGCUGUUGAUCCUCUCAGUGGAAAAAUUGAUGUUAGUAUCUUAACAACUGGUAUUUCCGCUGCAGCUAGAAAACGUCGAACUGAAGUGGUUGACGUUCUUAAAAAAUUGAUUGCAUCCAAAAAGAAAGUUCCUACGAUAAAUUACCAGAAAUUAUUCACUGAAUUGAAAGAAUCUAUGCAAAUUUUUGUGACUCGUGAUAUGUUUGAGGACUCCUUAAAAGAUCUCCAAGAUCAUGGUUUCAUAAACGUGAUAGGAAGGAAUACUAUUCGUAUUUGUGCUGAUGCUACAUCUUAA